AUGGAGCCGCACGGGCCCGGCUGCUCCGGCAACGUCCUCUUCGGUUGUGAGCUGACUGCCAGUACCAAAUCCUACACAUUUCAAGUGGACGAGGAAGAUGACUCUGACCACAUUUUGGCCCUAUCUGUGGUCUGCCUCACGGACGGUGCCAAGGAUGAGUGCAAUGUGGUGGAGGUCAUUGGACGAAACCAUGAGAACCAGGAGAUUGCUGUGCCUGUGGCCAAUCUGAAGUUGUCAUGUCAGCCCUUGCUGAGUCUGGACAACUUCAAGCUGCAGCCUCCAGUGACCUUCCGCCUGGCAGCAGGAUCUGGCCCAGUACACCUUGCUGGCUGGCACAGGAUUGUGCCCAGGGAAGAUGCUUUCUUUGAGGAGGACGAUGAUUUGUCUGAGGAGGAGGAGGUGGAGCUUGCUCCUAUCAUGCCAGCCAAGAAGUAGAGGAGGAAGCAGUAGCUUA